AUGAAUGAAGAACAAAACACAGAUUAUAUUUCUUCAAUAUUAAAUAAUACUGGAGACCCUGAUGAAAUGUAUGAGAACAUUGGACAACAAGUGCUUAGUAUGUGGAAUUCCGAUAUGGAAACAGAAGAUCUAUCCAAAAGUAUCAUAUCUCAAGAUCCACUAAAUAGAAUCAUAUCAUUACUUUCUAAAUCUAGCGAAAAUUUAAAUCAGAACGCGAAAGAGGAGUUAAAAUCUUUAUUUGAGCAGCUAACUCCAGCUGAUUAUGCUCUCUCAGGAAAACAACUUUGUUUAGCAUUAUUAGACUUCAAAUUUAAGCAAAUCGAAACUAAUACUAAAAAACAGAAGAAUGUAAUUGUUCAAGUUGAUAUUCCUUCCGAAAUUCCUGAACAAAAAGUGAUUGAAAAUCGAAAGAAGCCAAAGAAAACAUCUAGUAAGCCUCCUUUCAGGCCAAAAGUAAAUACUAUUACACCUAUUCAAUCUAAAAGUCCAUCACAACUUUAUGGAGAGUUUCCGGCUUGGCUUCCAACUAUGACAGAAUUUUAA